UUCCUUUGGUGUGCAUAGAUGUCAAUCCGCCAUGGUCCACUCAUGACCCGCUGGAUCUGGUGAUCAAGGCAGCGCUGCGUGUCCAUGUCGGAUUUCCCAUGUAUUAACUUCAAGCAUGAAGUCCUCAACAGAGCAGUCAUCCCACAGUUUGCUGAUCUGUGGCCCCUGGGUGUCACAAGUGGAAUGAACAUGGCCCACCAGGCAACCCCUAGUUCUCAGAAGGCCCUGAUGAUGGAGCUGAAGUCCCUGCAGGAGCAGCCAGUGGAGGGCUUCCGCAUCACCCUGGUAGAAGAGUCUGACCUCUACAACUGGGAAGUGGCCAUCUUCGGACCGCCCAAUACGCUGUAUGAAGGAGGCUAUUUCAAGGCUCACAUCAAGUUCCCAGUUGACUACCCAUACUCCCCUCCCACGUUUCGCUUCCUCACCAAAAUGUGGCACCCAAAUAUUUACGAGAACGGAGAUGUGUGCAUCUCCAUUUUGCCCCCGGUCGACGACCCCCAGAGCGGGGAGCUUCCGUCUGAGAGGUGGAACCCCACCCAGAACGUCAGGACGAUCCUGCUCAGUGUGAUCUCUCUGCUCAACGAGCCCAACACCUUCUCUCCGGCCAAUGUAGACGCCUCGGUCAUGUUUCGCAAGUGGAGGGACAGCAAAGGCAAAGAUAAAGAGUAUGCAGAGAUUAUAAGGAAGCAGGUGUUGUCAACGGCGGCGGAGGCUGAGCGGGACGGUGUGAAGGUGCCGACCACGCUGGCCGAGUACUGCGUUCAGACCCGGGUCCCCUCUCAGGACAGCAGCUCCGACCUGCUCUACGACGACCUCUACGACGACGACAUGGAGGAGGAGGACGAGGACGAAGACGAGAGCGAGAUGGAGUCCGUGGGCGAGGCCGGGGCCAUCAGCUGCCUGGAGGACGGUGGGACAUCCACCAGGCACUAUGACAACCAGGACGACUCUGGCAACGAAGACUCAUGAUGAUCUGGAAGAUAAAUCCUCCCUGCCAAUUUAGUCCUGCAGUCGUCUUUCAUUUUUCAGAGUAUGUGGAUGUGUGUGUGUGUGUGUGUGUGCGCGUGUGCAUGUGUUUGCACAAACAGUGGGGUCAAAAGUCUACUGCCAAAACGUUUAAUGAUUUGUUAAACUGAUACAAGUUUGAUUGAGUCAAUGUUUUCACAUGCUGUCAAAAAAAAAAGAAAAAAAAGAAACAACAACUUUGCAACAGAUGGUUGUUGGAACUCUUUCCACUUAAAGUCAGAGUUUGGUGUUCUCACCGUUUGCCUUAACAACACCUUGCACUCUGUCUAAUGUUUAGUAAACAAAUUAUUCCAGCCCGGUGUAGGAGAUUCUUAAAAAUAUUACUAAAACCCAUAUUUUAGAUUUAUCAAGCAUUCAGUCAUUUUUCAGCAUGCGAACGUCAAACUGGACGACCGUCCUCUUGAAUAUUUACAUCACCAAUCCAGUUUAAUUUCUAUGUUAUACCAGUCCCUGUCAUAUUUUUAUUACACUCACGAAACUUUGAUUACUCUUCAUCCUUGCUGUGUCGCUUGGCUUUGUGUCAGCGUGCUUCCUGGACGCCAUCUGGAGUCUGACUGGCCCAGGUUUGAAAUGACAGAAGAAACUUUGUGCAAUCUUUGUCUUGACAAUGCCACUAUUGUUGAAAAACUAAUGAAUAGGUUUAUUUUAGUACAUGAGUACUUCGUUAGUGAAAAUGUGCUCAUUAAAAAAAUGAAACGAAGCGCUGUCGUUUGAGUUUGACAGGCUGCUGUUGCUGAUAAAUGAUGACAAUAAGUUGCGUUUUCUGCCUGGAGUUGAGAGAGAUUGGAUUCAUGGUGCGUUUUCUUGCAGCCGUUUUCCCAUUUACCCAGUUGAGACUAUGUGUUCUCUGACUCGUCUCUUAUAUUUCCUGCUGCGUCUCAGGCGGUCUGGUGAGUGGGACCCUUGGCCCUUUGGCUCAUUAGGCGAUCAAUGAGCUGGGCAGCUUGUCCUCUCAACUCUCAAAGUUCUCCGUUUGACUUUCACUUGAUUGUCUUCCAGUGUUUUGGAAAAAUGUCCGAUGCCCCAUCGCCGAUACCACACUGCAACCAUAAACCCCAGUAAUGUAUUGGGAUCUAAUGUGAUGGAGCAAAACAGUCCAGCGUCAUCUUGCAAAGAAUCUUAACGUAUGUCUGAACUUUGUCUGUCAUUCGAACACGUGUAUUUUAUGGAUGCAAAGUGAUUUUGUUGGGUUUUUUUGUUUUGUUUUUUUAAAAAAAAAAAAGAUUCAAGGGGCGUUGAAUACUUUUUUCAAGGUAUUGUAACUCAAUUUCUCUGUCGUAUCUCAACCAUUCAAACUUGUUUCCUUUUUGGAGAACAGACGAUCGGUGACGAUCCUCGGAACCAAACGACUCCUCUUUACGUUCUUUUCUUGCUCAUUGUCAGACCACGUUGCUCUGUUGGCUUCCGAUCCACAUGUGAGCGUUCACACACCUCCGAAUGUUGCAUUCGGUCCAGGUCGGGCUGCUUUGUCUUGGGUUUUCUUCUCGCUUUGUGAAGAGAAUCAGAAUUACUCUAUAGGGACUUCUCCUUUAGACAAGCCAGACAUUGAGAUGCAGUUGAUGAGAAGAAGUUAAAAAAAAUAAUAAAUGUUGCUGUGACUCAAACUUGUGCUUUAAUGCUACUUCAUUAGUAUUGAAAAUGUAUUUCUGUUUUAAACAACAGAAAAAAAUUGUUUAAAUAAGACACUGAUUGUCUGUUACCUGCGCGUGUGUGUGAGAGCAUUUACUUUUAGCAUUUUUUUUUUUGUUCUUUAUGAUGUCAAGUUUUUAAUCUUCACCCAAACGUCCCUUCAUUGGAAUACAGUCAGACUCUCGUCACCUGAGCAAUGAAUGAAACUUCCACCCCGAGAGAGAGAAAGAGAAAGAGAGAGAGAGAGAGAGAGAACUCGUCUCUUAUUUCCUGCUUGUCCGCCGGCCUGGAUUGGCUGGAGAUUUGAGGGAUUGAGGAAAAAUAACAGACCUUCUUAGUAUUAAGCUUUAUGAACAUGCUGACCAGCACAACGUGACCGACUCAAAACACAGGAAUCUCACACAAACUUUGCGUUCUAAGAGUCUCUCGUCCCGUUGAGCGCUCGCUUCAAACGGAUGGAUCUUUACGCCACGGACACAAACAACCCCACGAGGCCUCAUCUGAAAAGCAUGCUGAGGAUUUACAUGUUUUGUUUGGGUUUUUUUUUUCACACUCAUUAUAGGAUACCCAUUGAAUUUUAAUGUGAAGCUGAAGGAGUUUUCAGCUGUUUCUCCUGGGCCUGUUCUUUGGGGAAGAAAGUGGACCUGUAACAUAAUUCGGAAAGAUGCCCACAGAUCUCUGGUUGUCUCUAAAUAUUGCCUCCUUCUGCUCCCCCCACACCCACUCAGUCCCAAUCAUGCACAAACGUAAACCCCUGCUAACGAUUCGAAAGCACCAACCUUGUCUAUCUCCGAGAUGAAUUGUUAAACAUGAUGUGAUGUGCACAGAUCAGCUAUAAUAUCAUGAAGUGAAAAUCACCCUAGCCAUUCUGACCCCCUUUCAGGCAGUAAUUAAUUUCUUUAACAUUUAAGGAGUCACUUUAAGUGGGUUUAAUUGGACUGCUGGGUCAUGGCAUCUCCACUAAAGUGAUGCGGCUAUCAGGUUUUCGCUGGCCAAACCUAAUUUCUAGUUUUCUUCCCGUUCAGACUUGCCAAAUCCCAAUUUUCAUUUUAUUCCUAAGCAUUAUUAGUGCAGAUGGAACAAUAAGAAUGAACAACUUCUGGAUUUCUAUAAGGACCGCUCUGAUAAUUCAAAUUUUGACAGAUUCCAUGUUUUUUUUUGUUUUAUUUUUUUCCCCAACAAGCUUUUAACAUUAAAAAAACAAAAUUGUGGAAGUGUUAUGCCAGAUGUAGUUUCGAGUCCGACAUAAAAAAAUAAGAUAUUCUACUUUCCCCCCUAGUUAUGCAUCACAGCAUAUAAAUUAGUUUAUUUAUUAUUAUUAAACUCAAAAACAACAAUGCACGCUCUCAGUUAAUUUGACCGAGGUCUGAAAAUGUUCUUAAUCUUAAUGCAUUUUCUAAACUUGCAGAUAUAACAGCCACUCAAAUGUAAAUUUGAGUGAAAAAUUCAAACUAACAUGCACCUACCAAAAAAAAAAUCAACAAAAAACUGGAAAACGUGCUGCACAGUCAUUGAUGGAGGUCGUGGUUUUGAAUCCAACAAAAAGUGAAUAAUUACUAUUGUUCAUUCAUCAUAGACCUGUGUGUCUUUAUAACAUUCAGUGUGGAAUGAAGGGUUGAAAUGUUUUUGGCUUAUCAGUGAUUCUGUGGUUCUGCUGCUGAGUUUGAAUUGAUUUUGAAAAAGGGAAAACAACUGUCUGCAUUAUGAUCCGCAACCUUUACAGACCCACAGAGCUUCCCUGUGCCUCCUUGCAACAUAAAAACGUGCCCAUUAGAAAAAAGUGACAUUUCUUCGCUGCUGUAUGGUACAGCUGAAGGAUCAGAGUUACCAUUUCCUGGAAAAUCCUCCCAUGCGACUGAAAAACGCACUAGUGAACUUCCAAGAGUCCAAACUUUAAAAUCUAAAUCCAAGUAACCAAAGCAAAGAAAUUGGGGGAAAUCCUGUAUAUUUAGCUGUAGCUGGUUAGCUUAUUUAGCAUUUAGAGAAAAAAAACAACAAGUCUGGCUCAGGGGCUCUGUCCAGCAGUAAUAAGGGGUACUAAUGAGCACCUUUGGGGAAAUAAAAACACAGUUUGUGCUUUUACUUGGACUCGGUUUCUGUGCUGGACUACACUCUGAGCAGGAGACGUGACCUCAGACGUGACCUCACACUGAAAUGGGUUAAUUGUGCCCCUGAUUUCCACUUGUACUAAGCGAGCUAACUUGGUGAAGUAGCUCGUGUAUUUACCACACAUACCAAAGAGCUGUAUCGGUUUUCUCGAGGAUGUGAAAUAAAUUUCCACAUCUGCUCAAGAGCCCAGUGUCAGUUCCUGGCAAAGCUUCAGAUCUGAGGUUCAGGCCCGGUAGGAGCGACAGCAUCACCCAGUUACAAACCAAAUGUUGGCCUUGGUUUUUAUAAGGCAGAACGGAGGAAGGCAAGAGCUAUUAUUAAAAAAAACAACUGCAAAAUCCCUACAUAUAGCCCCACAAAAAAAACCUGAAAUCUUUUAGUUAAUUUAAUGUGUCUUGUGUAAACAAAUCCCUUCCAAAAACUCCACAAUGUCACUACUGAAAGAUAGACGCAUCCACAAUGUCCAUCCUGUUGAUGCUGAUCCAUGUUUGGUAUCAUUCGAUUUAUUUAUUUUUUCUUCUGUUGCAAGGGUGCAGAUUUUUCCGUUUUUGCAAACCCCCCUUCGGUGUUGGGUUUGAUUGUAAAAUGACUGGCUAUCCCUCGCCGAGCCUAAAUAUCAUCAAACACGAAACCUUGAAGAAAGCAGGUCUUCAGGCUAAAGCUGAAAAGUAUGCAGGAGUAAAAUUAAUUGUGUUCAAGUUGUAAAGUCAUUAAGAAAUAAAUAAAAGUUGGUCCUUGA